AUGCUCUUUGCAAACUCUUCUCUUCGUUAUGUGUUGUUGGGAUUCUCAGACUUCCCUCAACUACGCAUCUAUCUGUUCCUGGUUUUCUGUACUAUGUACUUCCUGACUCUCCUGGGGAACCUCAUCAUCCUGUCCUGUAUUGUGUACGACAAACGCCUCCACUCACCCAUGUACUAUUUUUUAAGCAACCUCUCAUUGGUGGACAUGUGCUUCACCUCGACCACCCUCCCUACCCUGCUUUCCUCCUUAAUAUCCAACAUGAGGUCAAUCGAUUUCCUAGCCUGCUUUGUCCAGAUGUUCUGCUUCAUCUCCUUUGGAAACCUGGAGAACAACCUCCUGGCCGUUAUGGCAUACGAUCGUUAUGUGGCUAUUUGUAGCCCGCUGCAAUACACCAGGGUGAUGAGGAACAGUUUAUGCAUUGCUCUGGUGUUCAUUUCUUGGGUCGGUGCUUGUGCACAUGCUUUACUUCACACACUCAUGGUGGUCACCCUAGACUUUCCAGCUGUGAGUCUGGUCAACCAUUUCUUCUGUGAAAUCUCCCAAGUACUGUCUGUCUCUAGUUCGGAUACAACUAUAAACUAUAUUCUCAUCUUCACAGAAGGGGCAGCGUCUGUGGGCACCCCCUUUAUUUGUAUCAUUGUGUCCUACAUUAAGAUAUUACUGGCUCUCCUCUCCCUCCAUUCCAGAGAUGGUCGAAGAAAAACCUUCUCAACGUGUUCCUCUCACCUCACCACCGUUUGUCUUUUCUAUGGUACGAUUGUAUCUGUUUAUUUUCGCCCCAGCUCCAGCUCCUCAGGGGUGGGUGAGAGGGCAGCGACAAUAGGGUACACGUUGCUCACUCCAAUGUUAAACCCAUUCAUAUAUGGGCUGAGAAAUAAAGCCAUGAAAAAUGCCAUGGAUAAGAUGAUGAAAUGA